UGCAGCCACUACCCCCGUCCGCGAUGGUGGCCCGCUCUCCCGCUCGGCACGGAGGCGGCGGCGGCCGGCGCUGGCCGCGGGCGGCCGCCUGGCUGUGGCUGGCGGCGGCGCUGGGCGCCGUGUGGCCGCCGCGGGGCUCGCUGGUGCAGGGCCGGCGGCUGAUCUGCUGGCAGGCGGUGCUGCAGUGUCAGGGGGAGCCCGAGUGCAGCUACGCGUACAACCAGUACGCCGAGGCGUGCGCCCCGGUGCUCCUGCAGCAGCAGCCGGCGGCGGCGGGCGGCGGGGACGGCCCGGCGGGCGCUGCGGGCGCGGCCGCCUCGUCCCGGCGGCGGUGUCCCAGCCACUGCAUCGCGGCGCUCAUCCAGCUCAACCACACCCGGCGGGGCCCGGCGCUGGAGGACUGCGACUGCGCGCAGGACGAGAACUGCCGCGCCACCAAGCGCGCCAUCGAGCCGUGCCUGCCCCGCACCAGCAGCCCCGCGGGCGGCGGCCCCGGCGGGCCCGGCCCCGGCGGCCCCGGCGUCAUGGGCUGCACGGAGGCGCGGCGGCGCUGCGACUGGGACAGCCGCUGCAGCCUGGCGCUGAACCGCUACAUGACCUACUGCGGGAAGCUGUUCAACGGGCUGCGCUGCACGCCCGAGUGCCGCGCCGUCAUCGAGGACAUGCUGGCCGUGCCCAAGGCCGUGCUGCUCAACGACUGCGUCUGCGACGGGCUGGAGCGGCCCAUCUGCGAGUCGGUCAAGGAGAACAUGGCCCGCCUCUGCUUCGGCGCCGACAUGGGCGGUAACGGCGCGGGCAGCAGUGGCGGCUCGGACGGCGGCCUGGAGGAGUACUACGACGAGGACUACGAGGAGGAGCCGAGCCAGAAGGGGAGGGACGACGCGGAGGACAAUGCGGGCGCCGAGCCCGGCUUCCCCGUGCAGGCGGAUAACGCCGGCCGGCCCGCCGGGGCGGCCGGGGCGCUGCUCGCCUCCAUCUUGGUGCCGCUGCUGCCGCGGCUCUAGCGGCCCUCCCUUCCCCACGCCUCCCUGCCUGCUUCCCACCGCUGCCUCCCUCCAUCCCUGCCUCCCUCCCCAUCCCCUUCGCCGGGCCGGG